ACACUCGGAUAUCGGUGUCUUUCGGUUCGAAAAACUGGUGAAAAAUUGUGAAAAACUAUCGAAAAGUGGUGCAAAGUGACGGCCAGAAUCCGUUGGAAGUAGCUGGUGCAAAAAGUGACCCCGGAAAAGCCGAAUUAUUGUUCUUCUCGCAUCUCGCGUGUGUUUUGUGUCCGUAAGUGCGUGUGUGUUUGUAAAUCUUGAAAGCGACGUGGAUGAUCGUGCCGCAGAAGCAGCGAAGAAGAAAAAAGCAGUUGACGUAGAGAAGGGCGCAAAAAAUAUAUGAAGAAAAUCAUUAAUAAAUAGAAUGCAGUCGUAUUAGUGUUUUUUAAUGUUUCAUUAUCAUUAGUUUUGGGGGUUUAUUUGCCCCGGUGUUUUCGUAAUUUUGCUUUCCGUUGUGUUCCGCACCACAAGUGGUGUUUUUCCUUUUUCUUCGUGAUCGCGAGAUCGCAGCGGUGAAGAGUAACAAGCGCUUGAAAAAUGAGAUUGGAGAUUAGUGUGUGCUUAAGGUGAAGUCGUCAGCACCGACGAGAGGAGCAUCGAGAGCUCUGACCACGAAAUUAAAACGGAAAUUGCGAAUUGUUGUUGCCAAACAAAGCCGUAUUGCUGGCGGCGUGACCGAGCAGCAGCUCGCUAGUAUGUGUACGGGUUUGAAAUUAGUGUGCUGAUGACGGUGUAAUUAUCGUGGGCUUUCUGUGGCGAUUGGUGCUCUAGGGUGAAGCCCACGAAGUAAUCUAGCGUGUUUUUUGUGCGUGGUUUCGGCAGAACUACGCGCACAUGAGAAGAUUAGCUCUACCCACUGUCCGUGAUCGUGACAAGCAAUUUUGAAUUCGAUUAAAUGAAGAUGCCGCGCGCAAAAGGCAAAGUGUGAGGCAUCAUGAGUUAGAAAGUGUGAAGAAAGAAAUGGCGCAGCAACAGACUGAGAUCAAUGAGAGUCUCGCAAAAUCUAACGAUAUAGGUGCCGAUCAACAACAGACAAACAAAUUAAGCAAUUUGCAAAAUGGUACUGAUACUCAACCAGGCGGGAAAAAUUCUCAAAGUGUACCAGUAAUGGGUGGUGAGAAAGCAAAAUCACUAGCCGGCGCAGCUGCCGGAGGUAACGGUGGAAAUGCCCCGUCUUCACCAGCCUCUGCUCCGCCCCAUCCUCCUCACCCGGGUUCGGAAAAUGCACCCGGAAUGCAUCCCUACGAAUCCUCGGGACACCAUAUGCCGCCUGCCAGUAAUGCCGGCCCAACAGACCCGAACAGUAAAGACGAAAUUCAUCAUCACCCACAGCAUCAUCCAAUGCAUCAGCAACAUCCGCAACAUCAUCAGCACCAGAUGUACGGACAGCCGCCGAUGCAACAUCAACAGUAUCCUAGGUAUCACCAUGACCCGAACAUGCCUCCGGGCGAUCCGUACGCCCACUACCGAAUGAGCGCAUCUCCAGGUGGGAAACCUGGUUCGAUGAUACCUCCGAACCGGCCGCCUCCGCAACGCUACAUGCAAGGUCCGGGUGGUCCCGGCGGUCAACCACCCGGUCAACAUCCCGGCCAUCCGGGACAACCGACGCAAGGUCCAACACCGACGUUGAACUCGCUGCUGCAAUCCCAUCCACCCGGUCAACAUCCGCAGCACCGUUACCCGAAUAGCUACGAUCCAAAUCAACCGCAGCCACCGCCAUCUCCCGGUCCGGGUCAACCGGGAGCGCAACCGGGUCAACAGCAGCCACAACAACAGCCACCACCCGGCCAACCUCCGCAACCGUACGGUCAUCAGCAAAGCUGGGCUCCACCACCACGACCGUACAGUCCCCAGCUGGGCUCGCAACCGUAUCGUCCGCCACCACCGGGUAACAACGCACGAGGUCAGCCACCCUACCCACCCGGACCGCCCAACCAAAGUCCGGGCAGCUAUCCUCCACCGCAGCAGCAACAAACUCAAGGCCAACAACAGCAACCGGUUGGUCCGCAAGGCCAGCCCGGUGGUCAACAGGGACCUCCGCCACCGCCGCAAGGUCACCAGCAGCCGGGUGGUCAACCCCCGCCGGGCAGCUCCGCGGGAAGUGGUCCUCCACCACCCUCGUCGCAAGGACCACCGCCGCCACAGGCAAACACUCAGUAUACUCCCUACCAGCAGCGUUAUCCUACGCCACCAGGACCGAACAGCGGCCCCAACCAUCGGUCUCCGUAUCCUCCUCCGCAUCAAUACGAACCGGUAAGAUCGUGGCCAUCACCGGCAGCCAGUCCGGGCCCGGGAGGACAGCCGCAGCAGAGCCAUUUACCUCCGUCGCCGCACGGUCCACCGCAAAGCCCGGGCCAGCACGGUGCUCCCAGUCCGUCCCCGCAGCCGCCGCAACCCGCCCAAUCGCCGCACCAGGAUUCCACGGGCCAAAACAGUAAUGACAGCUCGAGCGGCGGUGGAACUGGUGGUGCUUCCGCUGCUCCCGGUACGCCUAACUCCCAGGGCAUGAGGCCUAGUCCGUCACCGACUGGUUCAUCUGGGUCCCGAUCUAUGUCGCCGGCAGUUGGUCAGCAGAGUUUACCGAUGCCUCCGCGUCCCUCCAGUAGUCACUCCCAAGUUCCAAAUCAGCAAGCACCGAAUCAACUAGGUAGUAGUAGUAGUAGUAAUCUAGGCCACGGUAAUCAAUCGCAGUCGCAACAACCGCCGGAUCAUUCGCGUGUAGCAUCACCGAAUCGGCCACCAUCCGUAUCGUCAGUUGGUGGUCCACAGCAAGGUCCACCCGGACCACCACCUUCGCAAGCAAGCAUGGCAGCUCAAGGAUAUCAGACGCAACCGCCCCAUCCGCCGCAUAUGCACGGUGGCUACAAGAUGGGACCCAGUCCCGGUGGGCCGGGAGCAGGAAUGCCCGGACCACAGCAAAUGUCACCAUAUCCGCCACAUAAUCCUCAAUCGCAACAGUAUUCGCCACAUUCACAAGGAAGUUACUCACCUCGGCCUCAGUACCCGGGUGGUUACGGUCCAUCACCGCCAGGAGGCCAACCAGGGCAACCGCCACCUCCUGUUCCACCCCCAAACAGUGUGACCAGCGGCCCCGGUGGCUAUCCUGGUCAUCGAAUGCCAAAUCAUGUCGGUGGCCCUCCACCGCAUUCGCAAUAUCCUCCGCACCAACCAUAUCAACAAGGUUGGGGACCACCAGGUCCUGGACCACAGGUCCCCGGAGGCCACGUAAACAACCAUCAACAGCAGCAACCGGGCAAGGGAAUGCCACCCACCGGAGUUCCACCAUCACCACAACAAACGAAUCAAGCACAGUCUCAGCAGGGGCCACCUACAGGCGGUCCACCGCAAAGCGGAUCGCCACGGCCUCUGAAUUAUCUUAAGCAGCAUCUACAGCAUAAGGGCGGCUAUGGCGGUGCACCCAGCCCUACACCGCCUCAAGGCUACGGCAAUGGUCCCGGUAUGCAUCCUCCGAUGGGUCCACCUCACCACAUGGGCCCACCGAUGGGACCUACCAGUAUGGGACCACCAUCGGGAACUCCUCCCAACCAGCUACCACCACAAUCCCAGUCGCAGGCCGGACCCAACAGUCAUCCGGAUGGAUCGUUACCACCACAGCCGCCCCAUCCGGAAUCGGGCCCGAUCGGUGGCCUGGACAAUGGUGUCAGCUCGUCUGGACCGGGCGGUGGUAUGCCACAUCCAGUUACCUCACUCGUUACAACGGGACCUGAUGGCGCUACCCUCGAUGAAGCCAGUCAGCAGAGUACCUUAUCCAAUACCUCAGUAGCUUCCGGUGAAGAUCCGCAGUGCUCGACGCCGAAAUCGCGGAAAGGCGAACUCUACAACCAAAGUCACCUGACUAGCACGCCAACGACCGCGUCCCCCGGACCGCACAAUCAGCAUGAAGACUUCGAGAUGAACUCGCCCACAUCCUGGCCCCGGCCGCCAGCUAGUCCAGUAUUUAACAGCCACGUCCCUCCGACGGAGACUCCCUUUAGAUCGACUAAGGUUAAUAUAAAAUCCGACAGUCUGAACAAGCUGUACGACAUGGACGACAAGCCGGAACGGCGGCCCUGGCUGGACAAGCUGCUCGCCUUCAUGGAGGAACGACGAACCCCGAUUACGGCCUGUCCGACGAUCUCGAAGACACCCCUGGACCUGUACAAGCUGUACACACUGGUGCAGGAGCGCGGCGGUUUUCUUGAGGUGUGUAAGGUUACCAAAAGUAAAACAUGGAAGGACAUUGCUGGUUUACUCGGCAUCGGCGCCAGCAGCAGUGCGGCGUACACCCUGCGAAAACAUUAUACCAAGAAUCUGCUCCCGUUUGAGUGCAAGUUCGAUCGGGGCGGUAUCGAUCCGGGACCGAUCAUUGCCCAGGUCGAAGCCGGUUCCAAGAAGAAAUCGAACAAAACCGCAUCGGUUCCUUCUCCGGGUAGGUCAACCGCAUCUAACGUGUUGAGAGCGAACGCUCGUCUAACGCUCCACACCGAAUGUACUCGUUUUCCAGGAUCCUCCAACUCACAGGACUCGUUCCCGGCACCGGGCAGUAGCAGCGCCUCGAUGGAUGGUUACGGUACCUAUCCGGGCGGUGGGUAUCCGCCCGGUGCAGCGGCGGACUACCAGAGCCAACAGCAGCAGUCCGGCGGGCAACCGCAGCAACCGCCGACGCAACCUCCGCAACCGCAGGCCCAACCGAACCUACAACGACCACCAUCGCAGCAGAGCGGCACCCAGUCUCCUCAUCCAGGUGCUCCUUACCAGGCACAACCUGGAGGCUACCAGUAUGGUGCUCCCGAUCAGUACGGUCCGGGUGCUGCCCCCGGCCAGUACCCACCUGGCCAGCAAGGUCAAUAUCCGCCUGCCAGUCGACCCAUGUACCCUCCUUACGGUCCACCAGAAUCUGGUGAAGGAAGAUCGACUCCCCCCGCACCAGGGUCCGCUCCGCCAACAGCAGGCGAUCCGUAUCGAGGUUACGGAGGUGCCCCUUAUCCACCACCACCACAGCAGCGACCUUACCAACAACCACCUCCGGUCAGCUCCGGUCCGUCACAAACACCACCGGCAGGACCACCAGGUGCGGCUAGUCAACCUCCGGUCAGUGGUGCUCCCGGGCAGCCGCAACCGCCAUCAACACAAGGACAAGGGGGAUAUCCCACAACACCGCAACCUCCCCAGCAGCCGGACUACUACCGGCCAGAUCAGCCCACCCAGCCAAGGAGGCAUCCGGACUUUGAAAAGAAUCAACAGCCCUAUCCACCCUACCAGCAGCGACCGCAGAUGUAUCCUAGCGGAUGGCAAAGUAGUGCAGGUCAGUACCGAGGCCAAUAUCCCCCGCAAGGCCCUCAGCAGCAGUGGGGGACGCACAACGGGCCCCGACCAAGUGGACCGCCUGGACCUCCUGGAGGUCCUCCCGGUGCACCCGGUACACCGAACCAAUGGAAUGCCGAUGCUAGCCGCUAUCCUCCGAAUCAACAGCAACCUCCUUAUCCGCCCCAUCAGCAGGGUCAACAGCAACCAUGGAAUCAGAUGUCGCCAACAGCGCAGGGUUUGCCUCUGCGGCCGCCUCCGCGCGGUGGUAAACCGUUUGCUACGAUGCAACAGACCGGAAUGUCCAGCAGUAUGCCAGCAGCUGCCCAACCACAGGUUUCCGGUGGUCCCGUUGCCGGGUCGACCGCUGGUCCCGUCAGUGGAGCAACCGUGGCGCCAGUUCCAAGUGUAGUCGGCCAGCCGGGAGCGGUCGGUGCUAGCAAACCGAUGCCAGCCGCACCGUUCCCUCCGACCAGCAGUGUCGCCCCGAAGCGGGAUAUUGUCUUUCCAUCGGACAGCAUAGAAUCGACGACACCGGUUACGUACCGAAGGAAGCGCAUCAACAAGCUGGACAUCGGUCAAACCGACCCGUGGCGGAUAUUUAUGGCCCUGCGUUCGGGAUUGCUAGUCGAAAGUACUUGGGCGCUGGACGUGCUGAAUAUAUUGCUGUUCGAUGAUUCAUCGGUGGUGUACUUUGGGCUGACCCAUCUGCCGGGGCUCUUGAAUCUGCUGCUCGACCACUUCCAGAAGAGUUUGAGCGAUAUGUUCGACACGAAGGAUAGAAAAAAUCUGUAUGGUCGAGCGUACGGUUGGUUUGGCAAGGAAACCGAUGACGGUAGCGACGAGGAAGAGACGGAAAACAUGACGGACGAAGAGAGGAAAGCUAUCGAGGGCGUUAAGGUGGAGGAAGCGGAACCACGAAUGCCGGAAAUUAAGAAGGAGGUUGGUGGCGAAGAGAUUAAGAUUGAGAAUGGAGAGGUGGAGACGAACGCGGAUGGGUUGCGAGUGAAGACAGACCUGCACCAGCAGCAACAUCGCACGAGAGGUUGCAAAAGGGCUAGGAAGACCUGUGAUCUAGACUUGGGAAGCGUAGUGAAUCCACCGAAUCCGGAGGACCGAAUAGUGGUGUUCAACUCGACUACCAACUAUACAAUGAGCUCCCGGAAAGGUCUGCCGGUGAAGAUCCAACCGGCCGAGGAGGACGUUUUUGUGUUGGACCAUCGACGAAACUGGGACCGGACGGCCGACCAUCGGUACCAUCGGGAGACGGAAGUUGGAGGAGAUCCAUGGACUGCCGGCCACUCGGAACCGGAUCCACACGACUACAUUAUGGAGACGUUCCAGGCAGAGUUUGUAAACAUUCCAUUCGCUAGAAUGAUCAAAACUAGUAAAAAGUAUAAGGCGCGGUGCAAAAACAAUAAUAACAGCAGCAGCACGAAUAACAACCUGAAACGUACGCAGCAGAAGCAUGCCGUUGAAAGUGACGACAGUGAUAGUGAGCACCAACAGCAGCAGCAGCAGCAGCAGCAACCACAUCGGAACAGGACGAACGGAGAUAGUCGGAUCGUGAAUGGAGACGAAAGCAGUGGGGCUGAAGAAGAUACAAAACCUCCUUCCACUAUUGCAGUUAAAAAGGAACUGAAUGAGGUGACCACCGCAUCGAGCGAUGCCGACUGUCGUGAGAUCGACAUGGAGCUGGAAAAGAGCAGUCUAUCGAAUGGACCUCAGGAUGGGCCUGCAGCAGCAGAUGAGCCGACCGACACGGCUGCUAAGGAAAGCAGUGAAGUGAAAAUGGAAAUCGAAGAGGAGUGCAGCAUCACCAACCACCAGCGGACAGUAGUAAGCGAAGAAGACCGAAAGAAGAAGUUUAAUGUGGCUGCAACCAUUCGAGAUCCAGCCAAGGUGCUGAAGCGCCGUCGAAUGAGUGAUUACGAAGAUGAGUGUUACACGCGGGACGAAGCCAGUCUGUACUUGGUUACCGAGGGUCACGACUGUCUGGCGAGGCGUUGUGUGGCAAUCUCGAAUAUUUUGCGAAAUCUGACGUUCGUUCCCGGCAACGAGACUGAAUUUGCUCGCAGUUCGCGAUUCCUGUCGAUAUUGGGAAAGUUGCUGCUUCUGAACCACGAACAUCCGAUGCGAACGAAGAAAACCAGAAACUACGAUAGAGAGGAGGAUGCAGACUUUUCGGAUUCUUGCAGUAGUUUGCAGGGUGAAUCGGAAUGGUGGUGGGACUUUCUGGUGCAAAUUCGCGAAAACAUGCUGGUUUCCAUGGCUAACAUUUCUGGUCAGCUGGAUCUUUCACGGUUUGACGAACCAAUCUCUAGGCCUAUCCUGGACGGGCUGCUGCACUGGUCCGUGUGUCCGUCGGCUCAUGGUCAGGAUCCGUUCCCGACGUUGGGUCUCAACUCAGUAUUAUCGCCACAGCGGCUAGCGUUGGAAGCGCUGUGCAAAUUGUGUGUUACCGAUGCCAACGUAGAUCUUGUGAUAGCAACGCCUCCUUUCACGCGAUUGGAAAAACUCUGCUCCGUUCUGACGCGACAUCUGUGCAAAAACGAAGAUCAAGUGCUGCGGGAGUUUUCGGUCAAUCUACUUCACUACCUCGCUGCGGCCGAUAGCGCAAUGGCUCGAACGGUGGCUAUGCAAUCCCCGUGUGUAUCCUAUCUGGUGGCAUUUAUCGAACAGGCAGAGCAAACCGCCCUUGGGGUAGCCAACCAGCACGGCAUCAACUACUUGCGCGAUAAUCCUGAUUCGAUGGGCACUAGCUUAGAUAUGCUGCGAAGAGCCGCCGGAACUUUACUCCAUCUGGCGAGACAUCCGGAUAAUCGACCGCUGUUCAUGCAACAGGAGCAACGUCUGCUUGGGCUAGUCAUGAGUCACAUCCUUGACCAGCAAGUUGCUCUCAUCAUCUCCAAGGUCCUGUUCCAGUGCUCGCGGGGUACCGGUCCGCUAACAACGAUGGAGAUUGAAUCCCUCAGCAGUAGUAAUCGAAAAGAAUUGAAAAAAUCGACCGACAAGGACCACCCGUCCGAAGCCGCAAAAUCAUCGAUGCAUUUAAAUUCAAUCAUUGCCAACAGCAGCAGCAGCAGCAACAGCAGCAGUAGCAACAAUGCAACAAUGGCACCUCCACCUCCAUCGGCAUCUCUAUCGUCGUCGUCUUCCGGUGGCGGCGGUUCCACGGCAUCGUCAUCGUCCAAAAGCAGCGAACCGCUGACGCAGCUAACAUCUUCGACGGCAGCACCAGCAUCAGCGCCAGCAGCAACGAUGCCAGCCCCAUCCGCUCCGGUCAGUGCUAAUUCGGGACCGCCGGCCUUUGUGCCACCGCCUGCGGUGGUUGCAUCAGCACCAUCGCCGUCGUCCUCGUCGGUCGGAAGUCCGCCGACAGGAAGUAGCUGCCCGCCGGAAGUUGGUUCAUCGCCACCUCCGCCAUCGCAAACACCCCCAAACACCCAGCAGCAGCAGCAACAGCAGCAGCAGCAACAACAACAACAACAACAGCAGCAGCAGCAACAGCCGCAGCAUCCGAUUAUUGCUUCCUCGUAGUGGAAGAAAUCGCUCAUCCUGCAAAGCAUGUUCAACCUGAAAUAGAUGAAUGUGUACGCUUGCUGAUUAAUCACACACACACAGUGGAUGGACAGCUAGCGAACGCGAAACCAGGCAGCGGGAGAAACCCAACACCUCUAGGAGUUUAAGUGGCAACUGAGAAUGCGAAUGCGAAGGAGGAGAGUAAAUAUUCUUGUGUACAGUAAAUUUUAAGUGUUUCUGCUAGUAGGAUUAGGUGGAGCGAACGUCGUGUGUUACGGAAGGAGUGAGUAAUUUAGAGUGAACAGGGGUGGAACGGAUGCGACGAGAGUGAGUGAGUAGUGCUGCGCGAACAGAAACUGAAGAAGAAAACUAAAACAAUACGCGAUUUAAUGUGUAGUAGUAUGUAAUUUGAAAAAAGAAAAAAAACAGUAACAACUGCUAAUAUUAGGUUGACUAUCGCUGAUGUUGAGGCGAGAACCACAACAGCAAACAAAAGGCAGUAGCUAGUACUGUGUGUUGGACAGUUUUUCUUUGUGUAGAGAGCGGGAGAGAGAGAAAGAGAGAGGAAAUAGGUUAAAUCUUUACUAUAUAUGGGGACGGAGGGAUGUGAAGGACCGCAAGGAAAAUUAAAAUACUAAAAAAUCCCGACCAACGAUACAACCGUUGCGAGUAAAAAGAAAAAUUUGCUUUAAUUUUGUGUCCCACUAGAAUCAAACUGUGAAACAAUCGGGUAGUAUAUUAGUAGUGCUUUGUUGGCAGGUCUUGUUUUUAGUUUUACCGGCAGAGCACACGUGUGCCGGCUGGCUAGCUGUCGUUUCGUGUGCAUUAUUGAGAAGGAUGUUAUGCUUUAGGUUGAUAGAAUUGCACGUUUCUUUUUUGGUUGAUCCGAAUAAUCGAUUGUUUUAAUUUUCAUUUUUAUCUACGAUUAUUUUUCACGGCCUUUUCGAGAUAUUAUUACCGUACAGCCUACACUAGAUAUUUCUUUUUGCGCUAUCUGGAGUACGCCUGUUUCAUUGCAGCAUUUUGUAUGGUACUAUUUCCGAUAGACAGCUGAUAUGACGAGUGCCGCAUGUUUUCUCUUCCGGGCAGAGACCUUCGGGUCCUCUGGAACACCUACAAAACUUGCAGUUUUGUUUUAAUUUGGCAGUGAAUUAAAAACAGAUUUUUUUCUAGAAUAUUUCGAAGAAUGUUUUUUGUUUUUGCCUGAGAACAACUUGAACGAUGAACUGUAUGUAUACUCAUAGUGUUAACUGACAAAAGUGUAGCGUUACAACGGCAUGACACACAGAAAUGCAUCGCUAUUACCAACCCCCAGAAACCCCACCUCUCCCCCUAUGUAUAGGUGUCAAACUAUAUAUUCUAUUGUUGGUAGACACACACACACCUACAAGACGACGACGUCACGGUCGAAAUUGUAAAUUUUUUCCCCUAUGAUAUGUAAGAGCGACCUUGUACGAGACAAAACUACUUAAUCGAAUGGAAAUACGAUGGGGACAGCUUUCUCUCGAUUUCCCGAAACGGAAAACCAGGCGAAACAAAGAAAAACAAAACGCUCUAGGAUUGGGAAACACGUGUAAUUAGUAAUUUAUUAUUGAUGCAUCGCUCCGCGGCUCCGCGGCUCCGGGCUCAGAGCGUGCGAGCUAAUGGCGAGGAAAAAAGAAAACAUUGAUCUAUUAACUGAUUGAUACUGGAAGUAAAUUAAUGUGUUAGAAGUGUAGCUAAAGUAAAACUAUAUGAGUAUAGCAAAAAGAAAAAAAACAUAGAAACAACAAAUAGAAUAUAUUAGAGUGGUCCUUGAUUACAAUUGGGCAAAAAUAAGAUCAGCAAAAAAAAAACAAGAAUUACAAAACAAAAUGCGAAUGUGGUAGUACCGGUGGCACAGCAGAAGAGAUGUGGAACUCUAAAAGCUACUGAAAAAAGGUGUCCAAGGGCCGAAGGUCGUUUGUGGUGGACUUCCUCCGGAACACGGGCAGCGAAUUAGGGACAUGUAAACUAAAUAAACCGAAUCUCUGUUAGACUUAGAGAUGAUUAAACGAAUAUUUAAAUCCUGAAUCACACAAACAAAAACACACAUACAUAAAACGCGAGUCAUAACGGGGGGACGGAGAAGAAAACAUAAAAACACAUGCUGCUGAAGAACACACUAGUGAGAUAUACGGCUUAAGAUCUAAGCUGAUCCCCAAGCUAAAAGGGGAUCACCGAAACAAGGAGGAAUAGUUAGCUGUGGUAAACAAGACAAAAAAACAAACAAACAAAAAAAGGUAAAAUAUGAAUAUCUGUUUAUCUUCCCACUUUUUUCCGUUGUACAACUGGAUGUGUGUGUAACAAGCUUAACGAAUAAGAACCCUAGAGCAAACGAAUGUAAACUGGACACGCUGCUGACCAGGCGCGGAAGCAGUACCCAAUUUGUUUCCGGCUAAUUUUGAACUCUGCUGAUAAACCCAGCACCGACCGACGGAGAAUAGAAUGUAGUUGAGCUAUGUGUAAAUUUGAGGACAAAAAAAGCGGAACUGCUUUUUGUAUAGACGUGGAAAGAGAGGAAGCACUUGAGCAGGCUUUAACUCUUAACUUACCCUCCACCCCCCACACCCUUUUUUUCGUGAUGGUUCUUUGAUUUAAGAUGAGAAUAGGUUUCUUGCAUUGCAGGUUUAAAUCAGUAGGACUUAAAUUUUUCCUCCCCCGCGAGCUUGUCGUUGUCUCUCAGUAAGGAAAUUAAAUUAUUAUAAUUUUUGUAUGGACCCCUUAUUUACCGCGGAUUAAGGAGCAGCACGAACCUAGUAGAACCAUUUCCUUUGUAAGCUGAUUUAUGAAGGAAGCAACGAGUAAAUAGUAAAACAAAAAAAAAUCAAGCACCGUUGACAGAGAAUAAAAGCAGAAAACAAAAAAGUAUAUAAUAAAGUAAAUCUUUAUUAAGAAGCUAACGUUAGCUUGUAGGACGGGAACUCUUAAUAACCUAUUAUUUAAUGAAACAAUGCAGAAAAUGCAGUGGAUACACAAAGGAAGGAAAAUAUAUAAAUGUCAAAUAAAUUCAAUUAAGGAUAAUUUAACAUUAAACAAAACAGAAAACACAGCGCACGCUAAUUGGAAAAAAACACUUGGAUCGAAGAUGUUGAGAGAGAUGUGUCGGAAAUGGAAAAAACGAUCAACAACAACACGUACAUACACAAAAAAGUAAGGCAAAAUAAAUAGCGAAAAAGGAAAGAAUGAGACGAAAAAUAAAAAAGGAAGGAAGGGAGUAAAAUUAUAUAAUGAAACUAUUUGUAAUUAUUAUUAUUGACAUAAAAGUAUAAAUACACUUAGUUUUUUUAAUUAAAA